CUUGGAUCUCGCAGCGAGAACGCCCGUCCGCGCGUUGUGCCCUAUGCGAUUUUACAUGCGAAAUUAUUAUUACGUAAUCUACAUGCGAAAAAUCCUAAUAGAAUAAGAUGCCAGGUGAGAAGAGCGCUCUCGCUCUUCUCCGUUGACGUUCCGUUUUCGCGAUAGAUGAGAAAGCGCGUACGGUUCUUUCUUCGGUAGUACAGUUAGCUCUUUCGUGCGAUUCACGUGACACUAUUUUGACGUGUGCAGCUUCGCAGACGGGGAUUCUCGUUCUCUUUUUCUCGUUCGUGCGCUACAGCGUGUCACGGUUCCCGUACGAUUCAGCGUACGGGCGGAUACAAUUCCGUAUUCGGACGUAUCGUGGGAGUGAGAGAGAGAAAGAGAAAGAAAGAGGGAAAUUAAGGUUAAGAGGGAAUAAAAGGUGUUCACGGAUUUUCUCCGUUUGUGCUGUAUCCAAGGUAUGGGAUCGUGAGUGCGAGGAGGCACGGUGCUCCAUAGGAAGUCAAUAAAAGAGAGAAAGCACAGAGAGAGAGAGAAAAAGAGAGGCACACAGAGACAGCACGAAUGACAGCAGAAAUAUAAGAUGUUUGAGUCUCCGAGAAGUCUCCAAGAGGUGUGCAUCGACUUCAUCUGCGGUAACGUUCUAGGCUUAUGCGAGGUACAUCUAGGCGACGCGAAUGUGCACUCCCCAGGCGCCACGGUUUCCGAUCGACCCGAUAACUGUACAGUGAACAAUAAUAGCACAGAAGAAUUCGCUUUUGAUACUACAACAGGUAGAACAUCGUCUAACGAUGCUCCCACCAGCUCCGCGACUCGGCUUACCUUUAGGCAUCCGGACGCCUUCUUGCCGGCCGAGGUGUCCGAGCAAUUAUUAUCCAACCUAUGUGAGAAGAAAACAUUAUCCGACCUGACUAUCACGCUCUUUGACUCCAAGACCACUAGGCUAAGGCACGUACGGCUGAAAGAUGCGUCGACAUUAUCAGCUAAGGGCUUGAGGGUUCUCAAGCAGCAUAAAGUUGUAGAUUUAAUAGUAAAUGGACUUAAAAUCACUGUUAACGAUUUAAUUAGCUGUUUAGGCGAUUGGAGUUUACAAAAUCUUAGGUCGCUAAGCGUAGCUAAAGGAAGCUUUAUGGAUUGUUCAAGGCAUUGUGUGGUAGUAACGUUAAGCAAAUUGAGGGCACUUCAUACCUUGAAUGUCUCAGGAACAGAAUUUAAUAAACAUGGCUUGGACAUAGUAGUCGAAGAUCUUCCCCUUUUAGAGAGCUUAGAUAUAUCUUGUACGAGAGUCGACGAUAUAACACCACUAAGGAAAUGUAAAGAUCGUUUAAAGACAUUAAAUAUGUAUAAUUUAAAGAUAAGCGGUUGCGGUAACCUGAUACCAGUGUUACUGGAGCUGAAUGAAUUAAGGCAUUUAGACAUUUCCGACGAGAAAGACGCACAUGCUUUCGAAGUGUUCGCACCUGCUAGGCCAAAAAUAACUGACUUUUUAAGGGCUCUGCAUUGCAUGCCACAUUUGACAACUUUAGACUUAUCAGGUAAAGAUGACAUAAAUCCAAAAGAUUUAAAAAAUUUCAUUGCGUCACACAUGCACCUGAGGUUCCUAGGACUAGUGCAUUCUGACGCUUGCUACGACGAGAGUUUCAUAGAUGCAACACACGAGAAUCACAGACCUGAACUUGUUAUCAGUGGUACAGCGACAGAAUCUCAAAUUUUGGAAGCCCUUAGAAGGUACAUAUACAGACCUAUAUACCUUCAGAAAUGUCUAUUUAACUUGUUCCGUUUAACACCAAACUUUCUCGAGCCACGAGUCGAUGUGAUAAAAUUAGUGUUACCUGGCAUGAGAGAGCAUCCGCAGGAGUUUCGUGUACAAAUGGCAGCUACCGCAUGUAUUUAUAAUCUAACAAAGGGUGAAUUGGCCCUCAUGAUUCAUCCAUCGAUACUUAAACAGAUAGUCGAAUUGACAUUGUUGGCAAUGGAGUCGUAUCCGAAUAAUCAUCAACUUCAAAAGAACACUCUAUUGACUCUGUGUAGCGAUCGAAUCCUGCAGGAUGUUGCAUUUGACAAGUAUAGGUGUGCGAGAUUAGUUAUGAAUUGCUUGUCGACGUUUGAUGACGCGUCUAUGAAUCGAAUGUCUGUGGCGAUCUGCUCGAUAUUGGCCGCGAAGAUCUCGACGGUGGAGACGUCCAUGCUCGGCGCACAGCCGCAGUAUAUGCUGAAGCUGCUCGCAAUGGUCAGAUCGAAAGUCGAGUCCCGAAUAGUGGAUAUCACGAUGAAAUUUACAUUGAGCGCUCUGUGGAACUUGACGGACGAGAGCGCCGUUACGUGCAAAGUCUUUCUCGAUGAGGGCGGAAUGGAAUUGUUUCUCGAAGUGUUGGACAGCUUUCAAGGAGAGUCCAGCGUGGAGACUAAGGUUCUCGGUUUGCUGAACAAUAUCGCGGAGGUCGACCACCUGAGGCCACGGCUUAUGCAGCCGCGAUUCAUUAAAAUGCUUUCGAUGCUGCUUGAUUCCGAGCAUAUCGAUGUGUCUUAUUUCGCGGCCGGCAUCGCCGCGCAUUUGCUCAGUGACGGUGCUCAGUCUUGGUACAGUAUGCCGUCGCAACCGAGCAGGGAGCAAUUGUUAGACCAACUGGUUCACGCUGUAACUCACUGGCAAACCCCGCAAGGCGAGAUGGUUGCCUAUCGUAGUUUUCAACCAUUCUUCCCGCUGCUACGCUGUACAGACGCAUAUCCAGUUCAGCUCUGGGCGGUGUGGGCAAUUCAUCAUGUUUGCACAAAGAAUCCUAAACGUUAUUGCGUGAUGUUGAUCAGAGAAGGCGGAGUAGAAACGUUAAAGCAACUGGAGAAAACUCAUACGGAGUACACGACACAACCGAACUUGCAAAGUCUAUGUCAAUCGAUUCUGGAAACGCUCGAAUUAAAUUCUUAACGAUAGCUGUUGCUUUUCAAUUUAAAAGUUAAAUACCGCAUGGUAUUCUAGUCAAUGUUUAUCUUAAUGCAAUCCUCUAUAUCCUGUUCUUUAGACCAAAUGAAUUUAAACAAAAGAAUUAUAUGGCCAUGGAUAUUUAUAUCACGGAGACAGACUGCAAUCAAACACGACAAACAAAUAAGUCCAAAAUAUUUUAAUUGCAAUCGAGAGUUAGUAAAACUGUGGCUGAACUCGCUAGAUCUGAGAAUUGAAGAUCUGAAUUGAGGAAUAAAUAUAAAUAAAUAAAUAAAUAAAUAAAUAUAUAUAUAUAUAUAUAUAUAUAUAUAUAUAUAUAUAUAUAGUAUUGUUAUAUAUAAGAUUAGUUUCGGAGAGACGUUUAAAUUACUUAUCAAUAGGUAUAACGGAAUAAGCUAAUAGGUAUAAUGAAUUUAUUACUUUAAAAUAAAGUACAUAACUUUUAACGAUACGAUAUAGAGAUAUUAAAUUAAGGAGCGGAAGAGCAUAAGAGUGAAUUUACUUAAAGAGAAAAGGGAAAGUAUGCGUGUUAAUUUAUCUUCGUGGACAGUUGUGUUAUUAUUAAUGCUUGCACUAAUGUUUAUAAUACAUUUUAAAGUCUUGCGCGGACAUAAUGUCGUGUUUAUAAUGUUCCAAGGUGUUUCUAUGAUUUAUUUAGUAAGAACGCUUCGAUAUGGCUUGUGUAUUUCAGAUUCUAGUCUAAUUUCUAUUUUAAAUUGUACGAUUGAUUUGAAUAAUUGCGGAUGAAUUGACGGUAUAUGAAUUGUAUAAUAGAUAUAAGGAAAAAAAUAAUCGAACUAAGUUAUCUUUUUUAUGCGGUGCUUACUGUUAACGGAAACUUUGCUAACGAAUAAUUAAAUAAUUAAUUUAGCAUGACGAAGCGACUAAGAGAGAGAGAAAAACAAAGAGAUACAUUAAUGAUAUAUUGAAUGUAGAGCUGCUGCUUCUGCUGCUAAGGGAUAACGACAGUUUACAGACAAUUUCUAAUGGAUUUUCUUUUAAAAGAAAGAAGUAAAGUUUGAUCUAACAUUAAAGUUUAAAAUAUUGCAAGGAAUAUGUCGUAUCAGAUUUUCGAUGAAAGGAAAUUGUCGCAGGAUUAGACAAGGAGCCUGUGAAUUCAAAGAAAGCGUAGUCAAACACCCUCCUAAGUUCAACUCAUUGACUGCUAUGUGUCUUCUAAAGGUGAUUCGAUGCCGUGCCUCGAAUUGAUUUACACUAAAACAUAACUAAUUGCAUGUAACUACAACAAGCAGUUAAUGAAAUUAGCUGACAAAUAUAUGUUUUGCGAGUAAUAUAUACAAGCUUCUCUAUAUACUCGUUUGGAGACGUUUUUUUGUUGUUAAGUUGUAACAAUGUAUCGAUUGGCCACGAUUGCGUGUCACUAUUAAUGAACUUGUAUAAUUGAUAAAUUUUGAUAUUAGUUCGCUUAAGUUGCAGAACAAGAUCCAUGUAAAUCGGCAUAGCAGUCAACGUGCUGACGCAUAGCAUGAAACUCUAGACUGAAGUCUUCAAUAAUACAUAUAAAUAUGUACAUACUUUUCAAAUGUGUACAUACUUUUACAAGUUACGCUAAUCCUUGCUUUGCUACGAUUCCGCGAAGUAACGGUACACGUGUACGCGCGAUAUAAGAUGUUAUAAAGUAAUUAUUAUUUUGUUGAAUGUGUGUCAUACUUUUUAAUACUUCAAAUUCAGAUCUUCAAUCUAUUUUGUUAACAAUUACACUUCACAAUGUCUUCAUUACUAAAUAUAAAAAGAAACGUUUUUAAAAAUUGAUUGCGCAUUAUAUGCCUUCAGAGAUUAUACAAAGAAGAAAAUGAAAUCCGAGAGUUUGUAAUAAGAGAAAUACAUUUUAAUAUUUAGAUUAUAUCUGUUAUUAAAAUAUGAUGAAUUUAUAUAAACGAAAUUUAUUCUUCUGAUAUCAUUACAUGUUGAUCUAAAAUGUAAAAAAAGAAAGCGUCAAUUUGGACUGAAUGUUAAUAAACAUACUAUGCCAGCCUCUA